CCGACAGAAAAGUCAUGAAGCUGCAGGACUAUAUUAAGUACCUCAUUUGUAUCUUGUUGGUGAAUUUUGGAAACAUUGACUGCAAUGGACGCGUCAUCGAUGUUACUGUUGAUGAUCAGAUUAAAAUAAGACAUGAACGCGGCGUUUUGGAUCUUCUUUUGGGAAGGUUCCGGACUUGUGGUGCUUGCUUAUGCGGUCGACCAAAUCGUAAGGCAGCGCGGUUAUUGGGUGGUGAAUAUACAGAAUCGCAUGAAUUUCCCUGGCUCGCAAAUAUUCACAUAAAGUCCAAAUUGCUAGUGAGUGGAGUAUUGAUAAAUGAUCGUUAUGUCUUAACAGCAGCUAGUCAACUUAUCGGAACAACAGCACAUGAAAUAAAAGCAUCUUUGGGAGAAUAUGAUCGAUGUAAUUUAGAUAUCUCAUCAGUAAACAUUAGCGUCGAAUCUAUAACUUUGCAUCCAGAAUUCAAUCCGGAGUCGAGUACUCAUGACCUAGCUUUAAUUCGUUUGAGUCGACCAACUAAAAUCGAGAAGAGAAUAUCACCGAUAUGCUUACCCAAUCCAGGAUCAACUUAUCUUGGUCAAGUUGGAACUUUAGUAGGAUGGACCAAGCACAAAGAUCAGGCUGAUAAUGCGGCAUGUAGGCCUCGAAAAUUAGGACUUCCUAUUCUAGGGCAAAAAGAGUGUAUUAAAUCAGGAAUAAAUGCAAUGAACUUACACGAUGAUUAUGGAUGCAUCGGAAUUGUGGGCACAAAUUCUUUGGUGUGCGAAAAUGACGUCGGAUCUUCUGUGCAAUAUCGAUCAUAUUCCGGAAUUUAUGACCUUAUUGGAAUUAUUCCAAGCGUGAAUAAAUGCGACGAUUCUCCUAAGCCAACUGUUUUUACGAGAGUAGGAUCGAGUCUCGACUGGAUAUUACAACAUACUAAAGAUGCCUGCUACUGUACAAACAAAGAUGAUCUAAAAGUAUCUGUCGGCGCUCAUAAUUCAUGCAAAUGGGAUGCAAAAAGCAUAAUCUUUUCUGUUAAGAAUAUUCUCCCACAUCCAGAUUACAAUAGAAACACAAAUUUCGCCGAUAUCAUGCUUGUAAAAUUAAUUAUGAGGAUUACCUUCAACAAACUUGUUAGACCGAUUUGUUUACCAAAACUCGAACUUGAUGCAGCCUCUCAAUACGAAGGACAAUCCGUAUCUGCACUUGGCUGGGGAUUCUCAGAAAAUGAAUUUUUAUUUAAUACAGACUGUAGUUUACGUGUUGUAGAUUUAACAUUAUUUAAGAGAUCGGAAUGUCCUACUAAUGUCUCAACUUUGCUUUGCGCAGGAUAUAAAGAAGCACCACGAGGCACUUGUGGGGGUGAUAGCGGCGGUCCUCUUCAAAUUUUGGAUGAGAAUUAUAAGUACAUCUUGAUAGGAAUUACUUCAAGCGGACUACUAUGUGCUGACGUUGACUAUCCAGAUUUCUAUACGGAUGUUACACAAAUGAUGUCAUGGAUAUUGCAAGAGUCGCGAAUCAUGAAGCCCCACUUGAUCCUGAUGACUGUAAUCGGCAUUCUUCUGAUCCUAGACGCGGCACACGCGCAAAAGCAUCGCCUACGAAUAAAUCGAGAUUGUGAAUGUGGACUGACAGGAGGGAUAUCGAAUCGUAUUGUCGGCGGAAAAAUAACGAUUCCGCAUAUAUUUCCUUGGGUCGUGGCAAUACUUAACAAAGACAGCCUCCAUUGUGGAGGCACAUUAAUUAAUAAUCAAUAUGUAUUAACAGCUGGACAUUGUGUUCAAUGGACGAAUCAAGCCGAUCUCUCGGUGGGCGUAGGUAUGCACGAUAUUGAAGAUCCAAGUGAUGGAUAUAUAGCUGCAAUCGAUGAAAUAAUUUUACAUGAAGAUUUCGAGAGUGAUUAUCUCCAUGAUACAAACGACAUUGCCUUGAUUCGACUGCAGCAUCCGGUUAAAAUCGAUGAAAACGUGAGACCUGCAUGUCUUCCACAUAAAGGUUCUGAUUAUACGGAACAGUAUGUCAAAGUUACCGGAUGGGGACGUGUCCAAGUGAAAGGACCACCUUCCCAAUUUCUUCGUCAAGCCACUCUGAAAGUAAUGUCCUUCGCAGCAUGUAAGAAUACUUCAUUUGGCGAUCACAUCACGGAAUCGAUGAUGUGUGCUUACAAUGACAAUACUGAUGCAUGUCAGGGUGACAGUGGUGGACCUCUUCUAUAUCAAAGAAUAGAUGGGAAAUAUGAAGUAGUUGGUAUAGUCUCUUGGGGUAUUGGAUGCGCUGAUCCUGGAAUUCCAGGUGUAUACGUGAAAAACUCGGAUUAUCUAAACUGGAUAAAGUACCAUAGCAGAGAUGGUAUUUUCUGCGUGGAUAGAUAGGUUUCCAUUUAACGAAUAUUAAAAAAUA